UUAGCGCCUAUUGAUAUCUUCUGGUCGGUGAAUUUUGUUAAGAUCCCCAACGCUUUCUCUAAACGUUAACAUUGCCUGCGGUACGGUUUUGGAAACAUAAGGAAAGUAUCUUACAUAUCAGCGAUAAAUGACUUUAAAAGGUUAAAUUACUACCCACUUUAUAGGGUUAGGGUUCCAACACGGCCAUAUUUCCAUGUUACAGCACGUGUUUAUUGAAAACCAACCGAAGUCAGACGACUAACUGUGCUCAUUAAGGAUCAUGCGUCUCUGAACACCUGUGUAAACGAAGAUCGGACGGCACAAUUGUAUUGUCACAGAAAAACACUGUUGGCUGCAAAUGUGUUAAAGCCGGUACAUACAAGUGACCACAGUGUUCACAUGAACACGUUGCUGGAGAACAACCAGAGAAGAUAUUGUCACUGCCUUUCCUGUGGGAUAUGAAUGACAGCUUGAGAAUGUCACCUGAGAUCAUGAUGUUUCACCAAAUGAUGGAACAAGCCCAGAACGCCAGCUGUGAAGCACUCGCCCACAUCUGCAAUAAGAGUGCAAGUAGAGACUCACUACAGCUGCCCACCUUCUCCACAGCAGCCAAAGUCCGAGUGAUCAUUACUUUUACUCUGUGUGCCAUGUCAGCUGUCUGUAACCUCGCUGUGCUGUGGGCUGCCAAUACUAACGGCAAGCGCAAGUCUCACGUUAGGAUAUUAAUAAUUAACCUGACUGUGGCAGACCUGCUGGUGACUUUCAUAGUCAUGCCUGUUGAUGCUGUCUGGAAUAUCACAGUUCAGUGGCAGGCAGGAGACGUCGCCUGUAGGCUGCUGAUGUUCAUGAAACUUGUUGCCAUGUACUCCUGUGCUUUUGUCACAGUGGUCAUUAGCUUGGACCGCCAGUCUGCUAUCCUCAACCCACUAGCCAUCAAUGAGGCCAAGAAGAGAAGCAAAAUCAUGUUGUCUGUGGCGUGGGCGAUGAGUGUGAUUCUGUCUGUUCCCCAGAUGCUGAUAUUCCACAGCGUGACCAUCACAGUCCCAGAAAAGUUUACCCAGUGCACUACCCGGGGGAGCUUUGUCCAACACUGGCAGGAAACCAUGUAUAACAUGUUCACCUUUGCCUGUCUAUUCCUGCUGCCGCUGAUCAUCAUGAUCGUCUGUUACACACGGAUCCUGGUGGAGAUAUCCAGUCGUAUGACCCAUGGAAACAUGUCUUCUAAGGAGAUACAUCUCAGACGCUCCCACAACAACAUUCCAAAAGCACGGAUGAGGACUUUGAAAAUGAGCAUUGUUAUCGUGACUUCCUUCAUCGUCUGCUGGACCCCUUACUACCUGUUGGGACUGUGGUACUGGUUCUUCCCAGACGAUAUGGAUGAGACGGUCUCUCAUUCUUUGACUCAUAUGCUCUUUAUUUUUGGCCUCUUCAAUGCCUGUUUGGACCCAAUAACUUACGGCCUGUUCACUAUCCAUUUCCGCCAUGGCCUGAAGCGCUACUGUCAGAGUGCAGUCGUGCUCAGCCAUGAGUCAGAGAACAACACUACCCUGACCGGCUCCUUCAGGUGCUCUUCCUUCCGCAUGACACGGCUUACCCACCAAGGCCAGACCACCAACACCGGCCAGAUGGCAGAGGAGGAACAGGGCAAGAAACCUUGCCGCUAUAGCAACUACCUCACAGUUCACAGCAGUGGAGGUGACCCAUGUCCGGCCAAUCCUGAAAGCAUGAUAUGAGGGAUUAGAAUAAAUCCUACUUAAGAACAUUGUUUUACCCUCAUCUGUUGGCUGACAAUGAAUAACUUGAAUACUUUUGUGCUGUAAGAAAGCACAUUUUGCUUACAUUUGCAUUCAGCCAGACAUGAUUUUCACUUUAAGCCAUAAGACACUUAUCUGCAUAUUACUUCAAACAGUAGUACUCCCGUAGAGUGGUCUUUGGACUUGUCCUGGAAAAACAUUUUUCAUUCAAUAGAGCUGUACAGACCAAAAAUACCAGGAAAAACAAUAUAUCCAAUUUCCUCAAGAUGUGCGAAGGAGGAAGCCUAUAAAUGAAUUGCUCUUUCAUCUUGCAGGCAGAAAUUAUAUAUGCACUGUAAAAAGUGGGAUGACGCUGUUGUUCAUCUGAAGUGCUUUUACUGAUUGGAAUGAUUGAAAAUUAUGCUUUGGUUUGUUCAACCUAUUCUAUAAAAUCUGCCUGAGAAUUUUUUUUUUGAACAGAUCAAUUACGUUUUUAAAAUUGAAUGAAAGCUUCUAAAUUGCUUUCAACACUGCAUGCUCAUUGAAUAGUGGUGGGGGCAAUGUAGCAGCCGCAGCCUAUCAGAAGAGUUGGAGGCGUGACUUAUUGGGAAGUGACUUUCAGGUUGCUGUUUUUUUCCUUCCUGUGAGGGUGAAUGUCAUUCCAGUUAAUGUGGUCUACUUUAGUCACUUGUACACUGCCAGCAUAUGUAAUGAUACUUGCUUAAGAGCAUGUGAUACUGAAAACCCUGGUAAGAUUUGUAUAUGUUAAGGUAGACAAUGUUUGUUUGCAAUAUUGUAGCUAUAAAAUGUGACUCUUUAUGUAAAGAAUGGUUGGAAAGGUUUUGAACAAGCUUUUUUAUUUAUUUACAGGAAAUGUAUUUAAUUGCUUGUAACCCAGUUUGAAGAAAUGUGGAUAUGUAAUUUAAAAUAUGAAAAAUGGGCUGUAUUUAGGCUACAUGGAAUAUUAGUUUGUAUUUGUUAUUUAUUACUUUUAACCAAAGGGGACCAGUAAGUUGAGUGUUGAAAUAAAUAGGUUGAAACUUGAAAUAUAGUUUUGGUAAUAAUCAAAUAAAACAGUUGGCAUUGAAUCUACUGUAGUCGUUAUUCAAACUUAGUCUUGUACACUGCCAGCAUAUGUAAUGAUACUGGCAUAAGAGCAUGUGAUACUGGAAUUGCUUAGUUUCAUCAAAUCUAGCAUUUUUCAAUUGAGAACCUAACCCAUUUACUUGUAAAUGUUGAAGUAAUUUUUGGGGGUUGAUCGAGUCAUUUUAGACAGUGUGGACUUGGAACAAAACUGUAAAUGUAGGAAAAUUCAGUCUGACAUCUAGAUGCUCAACUUGUGGUUCAUUGUACAUAACAGCUUUUUGUGAAUUAUAUGAUCAAAUGAAUGUUGUGAUGCAGUAAAUAUUGUAAUCCAACCGUAUAGCAAAGUGUGAAUCUACCUUACAGAAAUAUGUAUAGUUUUGUUUGGUUCUUUAGUAAUGUGUUACUUAUGAAAGUUAUGUCCAGUGCCUCAGGGAAAUCGCUGCAUAGUGUAUUGCAUCGACAUCAAACUGGAGACAACCAAACUGUAAAAUGUGAUUGGUUGGUUGGCUUGUCUCUAAAAAUAUAUUGUGUGUGUGUGUUAUACUUAUGGCCACAUUCUGUACAUGUUACAGUAGAAGACAAACAGAUACAGGUACUUUAAUGUUGAAUUUACUGGGACCCAAACAUGUUGCAGAAAACACCUGAAGACGCCCUUCGUUAACUUAUAUUCGGUUGUAUGCUUUUCUCUUAAAUGUUAGCUUGUGUUCAAAGAAAUAAGUUAAGGGGAUAGCUAUAUUUGUGUGCAUGAUUGCAAUAUUUGUAUUUGUGUACAUUAUUUAAAUAAAGUUGUUC